UCAAAUACUCUCUCCUAGUCCAAAUCCUAUUAAGACUCAAAACCCAAAUUUCUUAUAAAUACACUUCAAACCCUCAAACCCCUGAGAAAAACAGAGAGAGACCGUAAUCAAAGCAUGACGUCCUCAAGAAGAGCAAGAGCAAGAGCAAGAGCAAGAGCAAGAUCAGAGCGCAAAGCGGCGAUUUCGCAUUCAAAUUCUCUUACCCUGGGAAAUAUUCUUCUUCAACCUCUGCCUCCUCCUCUCGUCGUCGAAACCGAGUCGACGCGUGUCAAUCUGGUCGAGGCCCAAUGGGUCCUGGGUUACCGUUUCCGCAACCCCCGGCUCCUUGAGGAGGCCCUGACCCACUCCUCGGACCCGGCCCAUGAAUCCUACCAGAGGCUUGAGUUCGUCAGGGAUGCGGUUCUUAGCCUUGCAUUCACCAAUUACUUUUAUUUGAACAACCCUCAUCUCGGUCGCGGCGAGCUCUCGGCCCUUUGCUCCGCGAACGUGUCCAAUGAGAAGCUGGCACGUGCAGAAGUCCGGCACGGGCUUUACCGCUUUGUUCGCCGCAAUGCUGAAGAACUUGAUUUUAAGGUAUUUAGAUCAAUUCUAGUGCCCAUCACCACAUUAGAAGCUAUGAAAGAGCAAUGUAGAUCAACUCUACACAAGAAAUGCAGGAAGCAUGGAACAUUCGUUCAGUUCAAGAGCUCCAUCAAGAUGAAGAAAAACAUCAUGAAGGUAUUUGUCAAUGGAAAUGGAAAUAUUGCAGGUAUAAGUUCGUCGAAACAAAAACGCAUUGCCAAGCUCAAUGCAACACGAGACAUGCUGCAACAACAUCCAAGCUCCGAUGAGUCCGACAACGCCAAGAAUCAAAGAUCCUGCGUGAGUCAGCGUCAGAAGGAGAGUUUUUGCGAGCGUGGAAUGUUUAUGUGCAUGCUACCAAAAUCUCUUCGUCUGUCUUUUAACGUUAAAGGUGGGUCACCGUGGCCCAAUGUGACCAAGGCCCAAUGGGCCGUGGGCUACAAUUUUUGUGACCCGAGGCUGCUUGAGGAGGCCUUGACCCACUCCUCGUACCUGGCCCAUGCAUCCUACCAGAGACUCGAGUUCUUGGGGAAUGCAACUCUUAGUCUUGCAUUCACCAAUUACUUCUACUUGAAUAACCCUGAUAUCGACCCUGGCGAGCUGAUGUUCCUUCGUGGCACAAACAUGUCAAAGGAGAAGUUGGCUCGUGCAGCAGUCCGGCUCAGACUCUACCGUUUCGUCCGUCACAAUAAUGAAGAACUUGAUCAUACGGUGCAGGAGUUCAGUCGGGCUAUUACGACUAAAGGACACAUCGAAAUCGACCGGAUGAGCUACGAAGGAAAUACAAAGAAAGCUCCUAGAGUAUUGGCUGAUAUUAUGAAGUCUGUUGCUGCAGCAAUUUAUAUCGAUUCCGGAUUGAAUCUUGAGAUCGUUUGGAAGGUAUUUAGAUCAAUUUUGGCGCCAAUCAUCACAAGAGAAACUAUGAAAGUACAACCAAGAACAGCUCAACAUAGUAAAUCCCAAAAGCAAAUAGAAUCUACUAAGUUCAACCGUUCUGUCAAGAGGACGAAAAACACCAUGAAGGUGUUCAUUGAUGGAGACCUCAUUAGCAUAAGUUCUUCAAAACAAAAACUGUCAUGAGGUCAUGCAGCUGGGACCAAAUCAUUAACUGGUAUAGCUUCAAGUUGAAAGGAAUUGGAUUUAUGAAGAAAUUGGAAAGAAUGACUCUAUCGGUUACAGUUUAUUUGCUAUGGCAGGAAAGGAACUUGAGAAUCUUCCAGCACAAAGCACGGUAGCCUAAUCUUUUGCUUCGUACAGUGAAGUUCUCCAUUUACUCCAAAGUCUUGAAUGAAAAAUUUCCUUUUCAUAUGAAAGAAAGACUUGAGAAAUUGUAAAGUGCGACUUCUCUGUUAGUUGAUUACCAGCCUUUGCUCUGGUAUAUUUGAUGUACUUAAACUUCACAU